UCAUUUCAGAAAUGGCGUUUCCUGGUUCUUUUCGUCAUCGUUGUCAACAGAAAAAGACUCGAGAUGGCCACCACAUCACCGCAUCUUAACUGGUUGAUCAUCCGCAACAACAACUCCUUCCUCUUGAAGAAGCGCGAUGUGAAGAAACCUUUCAGCACUGAGGCCAACAAUUUGACCAAUGUGAGCUCUUUCCGCUACAGCGGUUUGGUACACAAGAAAACCGUUGGUGUUGUACCAGCUGCCGACAAGAAGGGAUUCUCGGUCGUUUUGAAGAAGGGCAAAUAUGCUCAACGCCCCGCUAAGAACACAGUACGUGUUACAUUCAAGUCAGGUCCCAGAAGAUCGUUGAAGAAACUGAGGAACCUCUUGACCGGUGCUAAAUACCGCAAGGAUUUGACACAGGCUGCCCUCCGCCGUGCGUCUGCCGUGCUUGCAUCGCAAAAGGCUGCUCCAGCAAAAAAUGUUAAGAAAGCUGAAUAAAAAUUCGAUUUUGUGAAUUGAGUUUGUAUUUACAAAUGUUGAAUAAAACAUAAAAAUUUGUAAUUCUGUAA